CACCGUCGUUGACUCGUACUCCUUAUAAAAGCCGGAGGAGCAGCUCCUCCGUCCUCCUCCCUCUGUCUCUCUCUGCUUCGCUUAUCGUUCCGCGAAAGCUCUGAGCCUCUAAGGAGGGAGGAAGAGAAGAAUCGAACCUCAGUCGAAGAAGGGUAAGCCUCCUCCUCCUGCUGCUGCUGCUAUGGCUCUUGGUUUCUUUCCGCAGUAGUACGAGACAGUUUCUUCUGCUACAGAUCUCAUAAUCGAGCAAGUCUUCUCCUUCGCGACAGGCCGCUCGCAGCAGAAAAGACUCCAGCUUGCCGCUUGAGCAGUGAGAACACAGGCCUCUAUGAUUCCCCAGUCCUCUUCUUGGCCGAAGACGGUGCUGCGGAAAUGGCUCAACAUAAGGAGCGGGGAGUUCUACUCCGACUGCAACAAGGAGGAGUUCGCGGAGAUGCAGAGGAGAAGGAAGAGCUGCUCCGACAAGAACGGCAGCGAAUGGUCGAUAAUGGUCUCCGAAGAUGUCAAACGACCCGAGACCAGUUCUGUGGCUGCGUCUUCUUCUCCCAUCGAUAACCUCAAGCUGUUCGUCGGGACGUGGAACGUGGGAGGGCGAGCCCCGCAUGGGGAGCUCCUCCUGAGAGAUUGGCUGAUGAGCUCGCCUUCUUCCCUCGACAUCUUUGUCAUCGGGUUCCAGGAAAUCGUCCGCUUGAACGCCGGGAACGUGCUGGGGGCAGAGGACAGUGGCCCCGCUCGCAGGUGGCUGUCCCUCAUUCGCCAGGCAUUGAACUGCCACGAGCCGGGCCCGCCACCCGCCACCAGCACCGUGACCGCCGCCGGAAUCCCCUCGCUGGUGGACCAGAAGCCCAGACUCAGCAUCUCCGAUCUCUUAUGCUUGGAAGAUGAAGACGACGAAGCCGACGCCGCGAGGAGCACGAAUCCUUACUCCGGCGGGGAGUACCGUCUCGCGGCGAGCAAGCAGAUGGUGGGCGUCUUCCUGUGCGUGUGGGUGCGAGCCAGCCUCGUGCGACAUGUCGCCGACAUUAAGGUCUCCUGUGUCGGGAGGGGCAUCAUGGGCUACAUGGGAAACAAGGGAUCGGUGUCGAUCAGUAUGACGGUCCAGCGGACGACGUUCUGCUUCGUCUGCACGCAUUUGGCGUCCGGAGAGAGAGACGGCGACGAAGUCCGGAGGAACUCAGACGUUGCGGAGAUCACGAAGAGGACCCGAUUUACUGGAUGCUCACCGGAGACGAUUCUGGAGCACGAUAAGAUCAUAUGGCUGGGAGAUCUCAAUUACCGGCUAGCUGCCACCUUCGGCGACACCCAUGAACUGUUGCAGAAGAAAGACUGGCAAUCGUUGCUGGGGAAGGAUCAGCUCCGGAUCGAACAGAGAGCCGGCCGUGCCUUCGCUGGUUGGGAGGAAGGGCAGAUACGUUUCCCGCCGACGUACAAAUACCUCGCCAAUUCCGAUGUUUAUGCAGUCAAGCCCGGCAAACCUAGGCGAACUCCAGCUUGGUGCGACCGAAUCCUGUGGCGAGGGAAGGGGAUGAAGCAAAUGUGGUACGUCAGAGGCGAGUCGCAGUUCUCCGACCACCGCCCCGUCUACUCCCUCUUCUCCGUGCAAGUAGACGACGAAGCAAGAAGCGGCGAUGUUGGAACGACAGCCACUGUCACGGCAGCAAAGAGUUCCAGCAACAGCAGCUCAUCAUCUUCAUCGUGGGGGAGGGUGCAGGCCGAAGAGCUGCUCCUCUUUACAGGAACACAAGGCCGUCGUCUUCAAGCCGCCAGAUAUUGACACACGUAGUCGAACUUAAGCUCUCAUUCAUUGUUUCUUCGUCCACCAAACCAACCACAAGAAACAGCGACAGCAGGUGGAGUCGCUCCCACGCAGCUGCAGCGGCGUGCAGUGUAUCGAUUCCAUACGGCAAACAUCCGCGAGCGGGUCGCUCAGUGGAAGACAAAGCGGUGGCGUUGCAGCUUUGGUAGUUCUUAUAAGUAUUGUGGUAACCAAACCGAGGAGAAAACAGGAUAAUGAUUGGGUGCGCUGCAAGCAGAAAAAAUCGUAGAGAAUAAGCUCGAUUAAUAGCAACAGUGGAAGGGUUGCUGUGUAACAUGGAGAUCAAAUCGAGUUUGUGGGAAUGUUUCAAUCCGAUUUGAGGAGCGUUGAUAGGCCAAUUUAAGAAAGAAAGUGAUUAUAUAAUCCUUUCUCAAAUCAAAUAAUAAUAACGAGAUUCUAUAAAUUUAAUAUUAAAUUAAAUAAAAAUAAGAUUAAAAAAAACACGUAAUAUCUUGAAAUAUUAUAUCCUAUGAUAAUAUCUUAUAAUUAAAAAAAACACUUAUAAUAUCUUGAACUAUUAUAUACUAUUCUUG